GCUAGCGGAGUAAAGAGUUAAAAAGUUAGAAUUGAAAGUAUUAACAGUGACCAUUAAACUGAAGAGUAAAAAGAUUUAAAUAAGGAAAAUUGUGAAAACUGUACAGAUAUUAGUAAUCUUGUUUAGUUUAUUUUAUUUAAACAAUUGUUGGAAAAUCAUGAUAAUCAAGGAAUGAAUAAGCAAGGAUCAAAAAACCAUCUAGGAAUAAUUUAGCACUGACUAAUCAAUGAUCAAGGAUUAAUCAAGGAGUUAUCAAGGACUGAUCAAAGAAUGAGCAAGGAUUGAUCAAGGAAUGAGCAAGGAUUAAUCAAGGAAUGAGCAAGGAUUGAUCAAGGAAUGAGCAAGGAUUGAUCAAGGACUGAUCAAGGAUUGAUCAAGGAAUGAGUAAGGAUUGAUCAAGGAAUGAGUAAGGAUUGGUGAAGGACUGAUCAAGGAUUGAUCAAGGAAUGAUCGAGGAAUGCUCAAGGAAUGGUCAAGGUUUGGCCAAGGAUUGACCAAUGAUAAGCUAAGAAAUGAUCAAGGAAUGAUCAAUAAAUGAUCAAGGAAAUUAUCAAUGAAUGAUCAAGAAUGUGUAGUGUGGUUGAGAUCAAGAACCUUGAUGAGUAUUGUAUCCGGUAUCAUAGUCCCGAGUCCCUGGAGAACCUGGAUCACCUGGUAAAGGAGAGGACCAAGGUUAUCAACAUACACCUGGAGGAGGUCGAGGAGGAGGAGGACGAAUCCGAGGUUCAUCCUUUCUUCCGGAGAAACGAUCCUUCUGAAUCCCUGAUCAGUGCUCUGGAGAUAAAUCUGGACUCUAAGCAAUUAGCUCAAGCUGAGCCGGAAAGCAGUUCCAGUAAACCGGAUGUAAGAGAAAACCAAGAAAUUGAUCAAUCACACAACAACGUAAUUGAAGAGAAGAAAGGUUUGGAUUAUACCGUGGAAGAAAAACAACCCUGGAGCUGGAAGGAACAGAAGAAUUGUGAGAGAGGAGGGAAUGAGGGAAGGAAAGGCGGGGAGGGAGAGGAAGAGGUAAGGCAUGAUGGAGAGGUAAGAGAAGGGAAGGAUGGAGAAGGGGAAGGCAGAAAAGCUGUUGUCGUGAAGGAAGAAUUUAAACUUGAGGAUGAAGAACAACCAAUAAAUACUGAAGAGUUCAAAAUUGAAGAAAAUAAUGAUUUAGAGAAUAAAGAUAAGAAUGAUAAAAAGGCUGAAGAUGAGGAAGGGGAAGAAAAUAAUGUUAAAGAGGAGCAGAGAAGAGUCGGGAAUGAUGAGCGUGAGAGAAAAGACAAAGAAAAAGAAGAAAAAAAUAAUUACUCUGGGUACACUCCUGGUAGAAGGGAAAUUAGUUCAGAAGAAAAUGAAAAAGAACCGUCAAGGAAGGAGCUUGGAGACGCUGUGAGAACAAUUUCUCCAGGUCCUAGAAACAUACAGAAGGUUUCAUCAUCUCCUGUCAAACCUGCAAGAUCAAAUCUGGGAUUACUCAGUAGAUCUCUCAAACCUGAAAAUGAGCAAAUUGAUAAAUUAAAGAACCCGGAGCAGAAACUAAUUAAAUAUUCAAUCUCUGAGAGGAACCAGAACGAGACAAAGUACAAAUAUAAAGCCCGCGAAGUUGAGAAUCCGAUAGAAAAUAUUAUAAAUUUUACCAGGCCGACACCUCCUCCUAAAACUGCAAGGACGCAAACCAAUAUCAAUAACAAUCUUUAUCAUGGUUAUAGUUUUCCCAAUGGAGAUGUAUACCCGGAAAACAGUAUCAGUUCAACCCAAUCCUUUCCAGGUUCUAUCAGGUCUAGAUCUAUAGUUCUCAAAGAUAGUUCUACCUCUCCCUACUCUAGUGAUGGGGAGGAGGGGUUAAAUAGAAGAAUAGAGAUUAAUUCUGGGAAGAAAUCUUACCAUCGAGAAGGUUCGAUCAACUCUGAUAUCCGUGUAUACCUGAACACUAGAUUUCCCAAGGGUGGAGUAGAUCAUCAUUUACAGAAUACAAUCAGGGACAACCUUUACGCGCGCACAGUGCCGGUCACAACGCGCACUCCCAGACCUGAGGAGAGGAACGGAGUUGAUUAUACAUUCUUAUCCAGGGAAGAGUUUGGAGCAUUAGAGAAGUCUGGUGAUCUACUAGAAAGUGGAGAAUACGACGGAAAUCACUAUGGGACCCCGCGACCCACCGGAGACUCCUCUCUAAGACCUGAAGUAGCCCCCGGUCAGCACCCGAGUAGUGAAGGCAAGCGGCGCAGGAACCGGUCAAACGUAGAGGCCAUGGCCGCCAAGCAUAUGGAGGCGGAACAAGAGAAUAACGGUGGGAGCCCUGACAGCGGUGCAACAGACCAGACCUCGCUGCCCAAACAACAGGGUAACAGCAAUGAUGCGGGGGACGGGUUGGGACCUCUGCCCCACAACUGGGAGAGGGCCUGCACAGACAAGGGCGAGCAAUAUUUUAUAGACCAUAAUACAGGUACUUCUCACUGGUUGGACCCACGCCUGUCCAGGGUGCAGAAGAGGAGGCCGGAGGACUGCGAGGACAACGAGCUACCCUUUGGUUGGGAGAGGAUUGAUGAUCCCCAUUAUGGAAUAUAUUAUAUAGAUCAUGUUAACAGGAGAACACAAUAUGAAAAUCCUGUCCUGGCGGCCAAAGCUGCAAACCACUCAGCAGAUGGAAUUGUUCUGCGAUCUCCGCCCUCACCUCCCCCCGCCCCUUCAACCUAUCCCAGACCUAGCAAACCAGAAAGUCUCUGCUGUGUUCCAAUGAGACCCAUGGUAACGCCCUCCUUAUCCCUCCCAUCCCUCUCACCCACCAUAUUCCCCUCACCCCUCUCCUUUACCACCUCCCUCACCACUCAAACUCUCAAGCUUCAGCAGCUUAUCUCUAGAUCUGGAAUGAAUUACAAGUACAGGAGAAGAUUAAAAAGUCUGGACGAUAUCACCAAAUCAGAUUCGGAUAAUUAUUUUAGGGAAAGAAGAAAAACAAUAAUUGCUAGUCUGGAGGCUGUGGAUUGUGCCUGUUCUCGAUUUUCGGGAUCUUUUGAUACCAACUCUAGUCAAACAUCAUGUACCUGUCAAAAGUUCGGGUCUUUCAAAUCAAAUCCAACCCGACUUCAAUCUACCAAAGAAGAUGAUAACAAUGGUCCAGGAUUUGAGUGUUUGCCAACUGAAUUUGUUCACAAUACUAAACCUACAAUUAGAUUUUCGGGGGCUAAUGGAGUUGUCAAUCUUGGUGGAAAUCCUCUCCCUCAAUCCUUGAAUAAUACUGGAUUCAUGAGAAGAAACCUGUACUCCCGGAGCACGGAACAGCUGUCAACUUUGAACACCUAUAACAGCCCUAAACUGAACACUCUGAAUAGAGAUUUAUCAUCGCCCUGCGUUCACAGAGUUUGUCAAACGUUACCUCGAAGAUUUCCUUCAUCUAUGUACAAAACAGUUAAGUUUGCUGGUCUUCCCUCAACCCCCAGCUGUCAACUGUCAACACAGAAACUCUCCGAGAGCAGAAACAGAAAUGUAGAAAGCAGAAAACUUGCACAGCACAGCCUUGAUUUCCCCACUUUGACAUUAGGCAAUGAAAUACUGCAAUCCAAGUAUGACCCAAGAACUAAGAACUGGGUUAUAAACCUACAAUAUAAUUCAUCAGUCCCUAAAACUGUUUCACACCCCCCUACUCAAAACCCUGUUAACUAUUCACAAACAUCUACUUCACAUCAUCAAUACUCGUCUAUACAUCCACAUUACUCAACCCCAAACCUUCAAUACCAAUCACAUAACAACCUUCUUUAUCCCGUUCCAAUUCAGCCUUUAUCCAAACCUAAUACAUUGGAUCUGCCCCCUCCUCUCACUCCUAGUGUUAUCACUGAAGAAGAUGAUAAUCAGUGCUCACUCUGUUCUCAUUGUUCAUGUUCAGAUGAUCGGCCUUUCUUUACCCGGGACCCUGGUCUUCUCAGAGGAGAGCGGCUGCAGGCGAAACUAGUCAAAUCAACACGUGGUCUCGGCUUCACAAUCGUCGGCGGCGACGAUUCUGAAGAAGAGUUUCUGCAGAUAAAGUCCGUCGUCCCGAACGGUCCUGCAUGGCUGGACGGACGAUUAAAGACAGGGGAUGUAUUGGUGUUCGUGAACGGGCAGUGUGUACUGGGGUUCACCCACCACGACAUGGUCUCCAUGUUCCAGAACAUCAACCCUAGCGAGGUGGUGAAGCUGGACGUGUGCCGGGGCUACCCUCUACCCUUUGACCCGGAUGACCCAAACACGGAGAUUGUAACGACGGUGGCGGUCAACUCACCCGACCAAGGGGAUUGGAACCAUCUGGACAAACAAAGAACUGAACACGAUGGAACAGCAUCAAUGCCAGAUAUGUGGAGAUCACAGAGCGGUUUAGAAGAGAGAAUGCGUCCCGGAAGUGCUGAUUUACUCCUUGAACCCUCUAUGAACGGAUUAGAUAUAUCUGGGGGCGCGGAUGACCCUAGAUUCGGAAACCAGGAUCACGUGACUAUACCAAUAGUGAAAGGGGGGAUGGGAUUUGGAUUUACAAUUGCAGAUAGCGUUUUCGGACAAAAAGUUAAAAAGAUUUUGGACCGACCUAGGUGUAAAAAUUUAAAUGAAGGUGAUAUAUUAGUUGAAAUAAAUAAUAUAAACGUACAGAAUAUGAACCAUACGAACGUGGUUCAGGUUCUUAAAGACUGUCCGCGAGGCCAAGAGGCCGCCAUAACAAUACAAAGAGGUAAUUCUCUCAACCUCACCAAGAAUAAGUUCAAAAAGAAGGAAGAGAACGGCGGAAUGAGACCGAAAUCAGGGUUUCUCUUCCGCUCUAAAACUCCGACGGCGGAGCUAUUUGCCACACAGGAGAAGGAGAUAGUUCCCAUGCGUCCCAAAACUCCCAUUGUUGAUACUCGUAAUAUGGCGCAGAAAAAUUGGAACGGAGAACUUAACCAGAACUUGUCCCCGUUCUCAAGAAACGAUUUUUCUCGCGCUUCCCUCGGUGUCGGAGGUAGAACGGAGCAACAUGGAUCCUUCGACAUGCUCUCGGAGCAGUUGAGUAUGGUUGGAUUAAAGGGACACCCUGCUCCGAGAUCCCACUCCCCCGGGAGGGAGCUAGAUCAACCCCAAUAUCAGUACAAUUACAACUACCAACAUCAGAACGGGUUUCUACCGAACGGAUAUGACUCUGGGUACGGUUACUCUGGAUACAACGGAGACUAUCCGGCAGCUCCGCAGGUACAGGGAUAUAGUCCGAACGGGAACGGAUAUAGAGCCGGAUCCUUACCACGAGGAAGGAAAGAUUCAUCUAGUUUUGAACAGUCUGAUCAAUUAUCCAAUAACAUGCGUUGGAGUGGGAGAAGGGACGGAGAAUUAGAGAUGGUUGUGGUUCUUCUCCGACACGACUCCGGGUUCGGGUUUAGGAUUGUUGGAGGAACUGAGGAGGGGUCUCAGAAUGUUGUACAGGUCUCCAUCGGUCAUAUUGUUUCCGGCGGCGCAGCCCACAUGGACGGCCGGCUCUUCUCAGGGGACGAGAUCGUCGCUGUUGAUGGUCACUCUGUGCUGGGAGCAUCCCAUCAUGUUGUAGUGGAGAUGAUGGGUAGUGCGGCGCAGAGGGGUCAGGUUCAGCUUACUAUCAGACGAAGACAAGAAGGUUACCGAGAGGGUUACCCCUACGACGUAACUGUAUCCCGCCUAGAAAACGAAGGGUUUGGAUUUGUCAUUAUCUCUAGUGUAUCCAGGGCUGGUUCUACCAUAGGCAGGAUUAUUCCAGGUUCUCCAGCUGAGAGAUGUGGUCGGCUCCAGGUUGGAGACAGAAUACUAGCGGUCAACCAUGUUGAUAUUAACACUCUUCACCAUGAGAAGAUUAUUAAUAUUAUCAAGGAGAGUGGAUAUAGUGUAACACUGACAGUGGGUCCUCCUUUAGAUGAUACAUCUAGCACUGCUUCUACUUCUCAUAGGGAGGACCAGGAGGUAGGUGCCCACCUGGGGGACGAGGAUCAGUAUUUUGCUGUAGAGCUGGGACGCGGAAACCGUGGGUUCGGGUUUAGUAUCCGGGGGGGUCGUGAGUUCCAUAGUAUGCCGCUAUUCGUUCUUAGGAUGGCAGUAGAUGGCCCAGCUACCGCUGACGGUCGAUUGAGAGUUGGUGAUCAACUAAUCGAAAUUAAUGGACAAUCAACGAGAAACAUGACACAUGGAGAGGCGAUAGAAACAAUUAAAAACGGCGGGACGGCGGUUAGACUUCUUGUGAAGCGUGGUAAAGCUCCCCCUCCUGCAAUUUUAGACCAAACCAGUUUGUCGCCUACCUCGCCAACCCCCCUUCCUCAUACCCGGCCCGUCUCCUCCUUGUCCCAACCCACCAACGGGAACGGUAUACCGCCGAACCACGAGGGACAAGGAAACGGUAACGGCCCUGUGUCACAUAGUUCUCCACGGUAUCCUCCCCAUACAUACUUCCAGCAGCCCUACUGGGGCUACCAUCAACAAAGUGUAGAAUAGACCCCCUGUACCCUCCCCCCCCCCAUUCUCCAAGGAAUGUCCCUCAGAAGAAUCCAAUGCCCGUAAACUGUCACAAAACCUGAUUAGCCUCUCUCUAUGACAGUGAUCCACUCUCAACAGUAUUAUGUUCACUGUACAGAAACGGUUAUUGUACGCCACGCUGUACGGUUGUGAUAGUGAAAUGUUCGCUGAGGUGUAAAAGGGGGCCUUUAAAGUGCCUUAUUCUUAUUUAGUACAUAUGUACUUCAAAUUACCACACAUGUACAUUGCUACUCCGGUACAUAGUACUUGAGAAGAUACUCCUAAACCACUCAAUAAUAUUGAAGAGGAGUACAAACAUGAUUUUUAUGUCUGAAAAAUGUAUUUUGUUACUGCUAUAUUUCUAACUGAAAUACUCCU